AGGAGAGCAACAGCAGUGGGCGGAGGAGCUCUUCCAGCAGGGAGUGUUUGAAGAGGAGCCCGCGGAGCCCGAAAGCGGAGGGCUCCGAUUCGGUGACAUCCCAGUCCUCACCCAGUGAAGAGGCUGGAAUGAUGACUGAGGUGAAAGUGAAAACAGAGGUACCAGAUGACUAUAUCGAAGAGGUGAUCUGGCAGGAUGACACCAAAGAUUCCAAGAAGAACAUAAAAGAUGGGCCAGGAGAUGUGCCCGCGGAGAUCUGCGUGGUCAUAGGUGGGGUCCGCAACCAGCAGACACUCGAUGGAAAAGCAGUGGAACGUGGCUCUCCCGUUGGAUAUACACGAAAUCGAUAUUCAGGGACCUGGAUUUUUGACCAUGCAUUGAGAUACACGUCCGGGUCUUACGAGUGUGGAAUAUGUGGGAAGAAAUACAAGUAUUACAACUGUUUCCAGACCCAUGUGCGAGCACACAGAGACACCGAAGCUGCCUCAGGUGAAGGAGCCUCCCAGGGCAGUGCCCUUCUGACUGCGGAAAGGGAGAAGAAGCCUCUCUCCAGAGCUGUCUUUGUGCUGCCCUGGGUGGAAUCCACAGAAACAAACAAUUUUAGGUACACAUGUGACAUCUGUGGGAAAAAAUACAAAUAUUAUAGCUGCUUCCAAGAGCACAGAGACCUGCAUGCCGUGGAUGUUUUUAGUGUGGAAGGGGCCCCAGAAAACCGGGCAGACCCCUAUGACCAGGCUGUCAUAGCAGCAGAUGAAGUGAAGGAGGAGGAGCCAGAACCAUUCCAGAAGAUUGGCCCAAAAACUGGCAAUUACACCUGUGAAUUCUGUGGCAAGCAGUACAAAUACUACACUCCCUACCAAGAACAUGUGGCACUGCAUGCACCUAUUAAGUUCUCUCGAUCUCCACUCUUCGUGGCAGUGAAGACACAGGCGAGCCAAUCCAGCAAAAAAACACCGGCUUCAAUAAACCGAUGUUCUACCCUCCUGCACCGCACCCCCUCCGGUGUCCCACCGGCAUCCCAAUCCCAGAUGUUCCGCGCUCCAAAUUCUGGAUCCCCAGGAAGCAAGGCCAUCACAGCAGAAAGCGCUUUCAGCAGGAGAGUGGAAGGCAAAGCGCAAAACAACUUUGAAGAAACAAACAGCAAUUCUCAGAACUCCAGUGCUGUUCAUUCGGGGACAGAAAAACCUAAAGAAAAGAGGUGUAAGCAGAACCCAUCAGAAACCGCAAGUCCCCUGAUUUCAAAUCCUUUCCCGCUUUUACAAAAGCCUUACACCUGUGGAGCUUGUGGAAUCCAGUUCCAGUUUUAUAACAAUCUCCUGGAGCACAUGCAGUCCCAUGCAGCUGACAACGAGAACAAUAUUGCCUCUAGCCAGCCCAGAUCACCUCUAGCUGUUGUUGAAGAAAAGUGGAAACCACAGCUCCAAAGAAAUAAUGCCAACAAUACAUCCGCGAGUGGUUCAGUAGGGAACAGCGCGAUCCCAGAGAAGGAGCGGCAGAACAUUGCCGAGAGGCUCCUGAGGGUGAUGUGCACUGACCUGGGGGCUCUGAGCGUGGUGAGUGGGAAGGAAUUCAUCAAACUAGCACAGACCCUGGUGGAUAGUGGAGCUCGCUAUGGUGCCUUCUCUGUCACCGAAAUCCUUGGCAAUUUCAACACACUGGCACUGAAGCAUCUGCCUCGGAUGUACAACCAAGUGAAGGUGAAGGUCACCUGCGCCCUGGGCAGCAAUGCCUGCCUUGGCAUCGGUGUCACUUGCCACUCUCAGAGCAUCGGCCCCGAUUCUUGCUACAUCCUGACAGCUUAUCAGGUGGAAGGCAACCACAUCAAGAGUUACGUCCUGGGAAUUAAGGGCGUAGACAUUCGAGAUAAUGGUGAUUUUAUCCACCACUGGGUACAGAACGUGCUCUCAGAGUUUGUGAUGUCAGAGAUCAGGACGGUGUAUGUCACAGACUGCAAAGUCAAUUCCUCUGCGUUCUCCAAGGCAGGCAUGUGCUUGCGUUGUUCGGCCUGUGCCUUGAACUCAGUAGUGCAGAGUGUGCUGAACAAGCGAACACUACAGGCUCGCAAUAUGCACGAAGUGAUCGAGCUCCUGAAUGUCUGUGAAGAUCUGGCAGGAUCCACAGGCCUCUCCAAGGAGACCUUUGGCUCCCUGGAAGAGACCUCACCCCCGCCCUGCUGGAACUCGGUCACCGAUUCCCUCCUGCUUGUCCACGAGCGCUACGAGCAGAUCUGCGAGUUCUACAGCAGGGCCAAGAAGAUGAACCUCAUCCAAAACCUGAACAAACACCUGCUCAGCAACCUGGCAGCCAUUUUGGCUCCGGUGAAACAGGCGGUGAUUGAGUUGAGCAAUGAGAGCCGGCCCACCUUGCAGCUGGUACUGCCCACCUACGUCAAACUGGAGAAACUGUUCACUUCCAAAGCUAACGAUGCUGGCGUAGUCAGCAAACUCUGCCACCUCUUCUUGGAGGCGCUGAAGGAGAACUUCAAAGUUCAUUCGGCACACAAGGUAGCCAUGAUCUUAGACCCUCAGCAGAAGCUGCGGCCCGUCCCACCAUACCAGCACGAAGAGAUCAUUGGCAAGGUCUGUGAGUUGAUCAAUGAGGUGAAAGAGUCCUGGGCAGAAGAAACAGAAUUUGAACCUUCAACCAAGAAGCCUCGGGCAGCAGGGGAAGCCACAGCAGCUCAGGAAGAAGAUUGGUUUGGGAAAAAUGAAGUCUAUGAUUAUUUGCAAGAACCUCUUUUCCAGGCCACCCCUGACCUGUUUCAGUACUGGUCGUGUGUUACCCAAAAGCAUACAAAACUAGCCAAGCUAGCCUUUUGGCUCCUAGCAGUGCCUGCUGUUGGUGCCAGAAGCGAAUGUGUAAAUAUGUGUGAGCAGGCUCUCUUAAUCAAAAGGAGACGGCUACUCAGUCCAGAAGACAUGAACAAACUCAUGUUUUUGAAGUCCAACAUGCUUUAAGACUGUCUUUUAAUUAAAACAAAACUUUAAAACACUGUUCCAAACAAAGAAAAAGAAUUUUAAGUUCUAAACACUGUGGACCUCAUUAUGAAUGCCCCUGGAAACCAAGUGCUUUUUUAUAUAUAUAUAAAAAUAUAAAUAUAUAUAAAAUUAAGUUUGAAAGGAAAGCUGAGCACGUGAGAGAGACAGCCCUCUGCCAGGAACGUGCUCCUUUCCAUAGAUAGUGUGUGGACUUGACAGACUUUCUAAUGUUUUCAAGUGGGCAGACGAAUGGGAGGCUCAUGUUCUAAAGUCUUCAGGCAGCUGAGAUCUAAAGUGACUUGAAGUUUCUUUUGUUUCUCCUCCACCCCACCUCUCCUCUUGUCCCCUGGGCCAUCUUGCCAUGGAUAAUCAGACUACAUUGAACAGACCAGUUCAGCACUGGACUUUGCUCCUUUGAAUAACUGUACACCUUGAGGGCAUUUGUCUGCAGCCUUCUUGACAUAAUGGUGCAUAUUAUCAGGGCAGCUGUGUUUUAUGAACACCAAUAUCUUUAGAAAUCAGGAAGGGAGACUUUAAGGAGUUUUUUAAUUUCAUUUUUAACGGUUUCAUACAUGUUUUUUCAAAAAAACCAAAAGUUACUCUUCUGUCUCCACUCCCGGUUUUGAGUUUAACAUGUUAGCUAGUGAUUAUAAGUUUGAUUUAAAACAAAGAGAAACAGCUCAUGGCAGAAAAUGUGUGUAAUUGUUACAUUUCUUGGAUUUAUUUUUUUACAGCAUAACUUCUUUUCUGAAUUCCCAGUGCUAAUUAAGUUCUCUGUGAAUUUUUUUACAUCAGGGGUUCUCAAACUUGUUCUAGAGUAGCCCAUUUGCAAUUAAAUAAUAUCCUUAUGGGAACCACAGCAGUUGCUUAUAUGGGAAAGCUAGAAACCAGGAAAAGCAAGUGAGCAGUGGCAGCACAGAUGGCUGUGGGCCACCAGCUAGCUUGCCAGGUGUGCCAGCUGCCAUUGAGAACCCUUGUACCUAAGCUUUUUGUAAAAAAGUUUCUCAGUACACACACUCAAAAUAACCUUCACAAGGCCAAGGACAAACCAAGGUGUAUGAUUUUUCAGGGGAACAAAGAUCAUCAGUUUUGUCAAACUGGGGUUUGAAGGAAGCUUAGAGAAGUGCAUGGGCUCAAAGAUCCUUCUGAAUGUAAGUGCUCCUGAUUGAGUGCAAAGAAUAUCUUCCCAUUUUAUUUGGAAUGGUUUCUUCUAGUAGCACGAAUGUCUUUUUAAUACCUACAGUGCAUUACACUACUUGUUAUGUUGCUGAAUUGUUCUGGCUGGGAAGGCCAUGGGCCCUUAAACAAGGUUCACACUUACUGGCUCACCCCAAAUGCAAUUAGAGAUCAUCGUAACACAGAAACAUCUCAGUCACUCUGCUAUCCACCAAGGUCAGUGCUCUGCUGUGUCCAGUGCCCACAGGCACAGUUCAUGGGCUGCUGGACAGGAUCUCUGCAGGCUGUCAGGUUAGUUGCCUCUUGCACAGUUCCCAGCUUCUGGUGCCAAACAAUUUUUCAUCACUGGGACUUGUAUCUUGGAAGCAAACUGAAGCAAAUUCUUAUUUUUGAAGUAGUCUCUCCUGCUUCCAGUAGUGUGCUAGGGGGCUGCAGGCACAGUGGCAGCAGAGCAGUAUCAGAGGUUCAGGAGGACGGACUUACUACAGUGCAAGGGUGGUGUUGCUGACGAUGCAGUGGCGAGACUGGGGGCCCUCUUCAAAGUGCUGCUGUUGAACAGAUGUUAAACCAAGAUCUAUCUGCCCAUCCCAUCUCUGGUUGUAAUAGGAGUUGCAAGUCCCAAGACAUGAGAAAUGGCAAACCCAAUCUCAGGCUUUGUGUGCAGAUGCCUUGAACCUGACAGGGACUAACUGACAGCUUCCAUGCCAUGGGGCACAGCUUGCAUGCUAGAGACCUUCCAUGGGUCAAGGUCACUAAGGAUAGCUCUUUGCACCCAGCUGUCUUGUCCUUUUCAGCCUGGAAACAGGACCUACUGUUAGCUUGAGUGUAGCGUUUGGAUUGACCUCUCAGCACUGUUACAGGCAUCAGGGCAAAACUAGUUGUCUCCUAAAUCUAAGUUUUGCAUAUGGAUAUCUUAAAAGACAGAGUCUGCAACCCCACUGACAGCUGCAGGGUAGCAGCACUUGAAGAUGAGCUGCCAAGGCAGAGGCACUUGGACAUCUUAUUUCUCUGGCAGUGGCUUUUGCAAAUGGUCGUAUUGGUUGUAGGGCCAACUUUUUUUCAUGCUGGUUUUCUUUCGUCCCGUACAAAUCCUGCCUGCCCAGCCACCAGCUGGGCCUGUGUCUACACAUCUGUUUGCACUUGCAGUACAAGAGAAAUGUAUAACAAACGAAAACUAAAUCUCAAACUACAAACAAAAAUCAUAAGUGAGAUGUGUGCCAAUUAAAAAGCAUUUGUGCUGUGCUGCUGUUCCCACUGAAAAGCACAAGGUAUCCUGCAGCAAGAAAACUUAGCUGGAGGAUGAAUCCAAAGCAAAAUUGGCUUUUGAGGCUACAGUGUGUACUGUGCAGCUCAGCUGAUAGGCAGAACUGGAGACAGGAUUUAUAGUUCUUUCUCAUAAUGAUAUGUUAGACCUUUUUCCUUGGUUUUCCUGAGAUCCCGAGAGCCACUCCGAGGCUCUUUGAUGCUCAGGCAAAUGUGCAAAACCCUCGCAUUCCUUUGAAAAGAAAGCUCCAAAACCCAACACCCCUUUGCUAAGGGACAGGCUGCUAACUUCUGUGUGAUUUGCCAACUCAGGCUCAUUGUGUUGUCUGUCUGCAAGGCAUUAAGGGUGGGGAAGUGGACAAAGCAGAGUUAGCACAGAUUUAAAGCUCUGAAAUUGAGAAUGAGGUAAAAUUGCAGUAAUUUGUGCACCCAUUUGAUGCAGGGCUGUGCACAGCAAUGAGCUGGACAGCCAGGGCAUGCAAACAGAAAGGCCACAGCCACUCUUACGUCCCAGCCCAUCUCCCCUUCCCCUUUUUACAGUGUGGCUUUAGCAUCAGAUCUGGAGCUUUCAAAAGAGAGGGACGGAUUGGCCCUCCCCCCUAUCUGAGUAACUGUUCCCUCCAAGGCAACUUUGGUUAUAGUUGCACUAGUGAUGGUGAAAUUCUCCCAAAGACUUAAAAACUCAACUUAGCAGCUGAAAAAGCAAGAUAAAACCUAAAGCCCUAAAAAGGAGCAAUCUGGAAAGUGGGUGAGAAGAGAAGCUUGUUGGCCAGUCCCCUUCUCCAGCAACUCAGUGGAAGAAGCCACAGCUUUUCUUGACUGUUAAACAUGGUUACAGGGUGUUCAGCUCAGAGGAGAUAUUCUUGCUGUAUUCGCUCACAGGCUGACUUUUGUUUGACAUGCUUCAUUAAAAGGAGAGAAGCACAUCUGGAGCACAUGUAUUUACCCUAAAUGCCAAGCUUUUUUGCUCCUGUUUCUCCUUCCCUCUUCAAGACUUGGAUUUGCAUUCUAGGGAGCGUAGGUUCUUUACCAGGGUCUGAAUUUUGGAAGCUAUUUGCCAGGUUACUCCAACCCAAACUAUUCUCUGAUUCUAUUCUGUGAUGGCUCAGUGAUAUGGAGCAGCACUUGUGUGAUAAGGAGCAUUGCCCAUCCUGUGAUGGUAGACUGGAGAGGAGAAGGUCUCUUAGUUUGGCCAGAGCUGUCAUGAGAUUCUGCUCCCUUUGAGCUGGGAGAAGUCCUCAGAAUUAGGAUCAUCCUCUGGUAGGUCAUAUUAGGAAUUUGCCUUCUGCUUGUUUGUUUACUUGCACUUGAGAAAUGUUUUGAAACACAAAAACAGCAUAUGUGUCCUCCAGGCAUUCAUGUGUUUCUGCUGCUUACUCUGUGCCUGACCUUGCAGACUUCUGACUUCACAGUUUGCUUUGAGAGGGGUUAUGAUCUUCAGGUGGGGAGCAAGCACCAACAGAAGAUAAACUCUAAGGAAUGAAGGGCCUUCCACUCCUCUCUGAAGAUCCUUGCUACUAGAAUACUGAGAAGGUGGUACGCAAAGACAGAGCUCUUCAAAACAGACGGUUGUUUAUGUGUGAGUACAGCAGUCGGAGGGUCGGUGGAGAACAUGGAUUGUCUCCUGUGCCUGUUUCUUCUCCCCGUGUCUCUAGCAGCAGACAGUAGUUGUAUUCUGACUCGCAGGAUGGUCUUGGUGUCUUGCAUUUGGGUCAGUUUUAGAUGGAAGUAAACUUCCGUUUUGUCAGAGAUACGUAUCUGUUAUAAGAAAACUGAUUUGGUUGUAUGUGAACUAGUGCAAUCUGGAAAACUUUCUGUGAAAACUGACUGUGGGCUCAGGUUUUGUCUAAUUCAGUUGUCUGUUAAUUGCUGGUUAAACCAGUUUAACUUUGACAUAAAUUGGUUUAAGCAUCCAUGUGAACUGCCUGCACUGGUUUAACUGCGCUUCCUGGGUGUUCUCCCCUGCUGAUCAGAGAAUACGUCCAGAAGCAGCUCAGGGAGUCAUGAUCCUUCUGUGAAUUUUGCAAUGAAGUUGUGGCAGAUAUACUCAAAGCUCAGAAAUGACUGAAAAUAGAGGGGAGACACUUCUGAAUAUUGCUUGAGCUCUAAAUUGUAGUAUCUGACUUAAUACAGUAUUCAGUGAGAUGUCUCAGGUUGAUUGGUUUGUUUUUCUCCAACUGCUUGCAAUAACAUAGAAAAUUCAGUAUGAGAAGAAAUUCCCAUAUACAUUUAUAUUGGUGGAUGAGGCCACUCAGCCUUUCCCAGUCUGAGGGACCAUUCCCACUUUCUGGACCCUGCGGUAGGCAAGCCAGCACGUACUGUUGCACAGGAGCAGGGUGACUGAGACAUUGUGCUUCACGGAGAAUGCUAUGUGCAUUUGUAGACAGCACCAAGUUACUGAUAAAAAGACAGUAAAAGAGCAGCCAAUGAGUUAUUCAAAGGCUGGGACUGCUGCUUUGUACUGAGGAAAGAAUCAGAUCUCUAAUUGCAUCUCUCUGGCUAAAGGAGGUGGAGAGGAGCUCCUGUGAGCGUUCAGAGGGAGCACACGCAGGAAGGGACAAGUUGCCUAUGGAAUUAUUACAAGUAACAGGAUGAAAAUGAACA